AUGGGAUGGGAUGGGAUUGGAUGGGAUGAAGACCCCGCAGUCUGGGACGCUCUCGACCCCAUAGAUGUGGACGAGUGCCAGGAGCACGGGCCGAGGCUCUGUGGGGCCCAGCGCUGCCAGAACAUCCCGGGGUCGUUCCGCUGCGUCCCUGAGUGCCCCCCCGGCUACAGAAUGGGGGGCAGCGGGGAGUGCGAGGAUGAAGACGAAUGUUUGGGGCCGGGGCCGCGCUGUGGGGCGCACGCCGUGUGCCACAACCUGCCCGGCUCCUUCCAAUGCGCCUGCCAUCAGGGCUACGAGGCGGCUCACCACGGCCACCAGUGCCAAGAUGUGGACGAGUGCACGACGCUGCCCGGGGUUUGCGGGGCGGCGCGGUGCGAGAACGUGGACGGCUCCUUCCUCUGCCUCUGCCCCGAUGAAGGUCACGAGUUCGACCCGGUGACGGGGACCUGUGGAGGGGGGGUCACCUCGCCGACCCCCCCCCCCCGGGUCAAUGCCCAGCUGUUGUCGUCCCCCGUCGACUUGGCGCCGUGUUACAGCCCUGCUUGCGGGGUGCUGGCUGCCAACGUCAGCAGGGAGCUGUGCUGCUGCGCUGUGGGGUGGGCGUGGGGGCAGCGGUGUCAGCAGGAGGCUGCGUGUCCUCAGGAUGGCAGCGGUGGGAUAUGGGGUCAAUGGGGUCAAUGGGAUAAAGGGGGUGGUGGGGGCGGUGGGGGCGGUGGGGUCAACGGGGACAUUGGGGUCAAUGGGAUCAAUGGGGUGGUGGGGGCG